AUGUUGGAGGGUCGGUCCUGCUUGCUUUCGAGGGUGUUUUCGAGCUCUUGCCAGCCAGAAAGCAAGUGGCCUUACAUGAGUUGCCGUCGGCUCGAAGAUUUUGCAAAUGGCAAGCGCCCAUUAGGAUUUGAUGGUGAAGAUGACCAAGAGCGUCGAGAAAGGAAGUUGUGUAAGCUAUUGAAUUGUUGUGAGGUGGUGGAGACGACCCAGUCUUCAUCUGAGCAAUCCGAGGACCAGCAACAAGCUGGGGUUCCUUCGGAUUCAGAUUCCCUUAUACAUCGGAUUGGUCGGGACAACUCGAUCAGCUGCCUGAUUCGGUGCUCCAGGUCUGCUUAUGGUUACAUUGCCUGUUUGAACAAGAGCUUCCGCUCGUUAGUUAGGACCGGGGAGCUCUAUAAACUGAGGAGGCAGAAUGAUGUGAUUGAGCACUGGAUUUAUUUCUCUUGCCACCUACUUGAAUGGGAAGCCUUUGAUCCCAAUCAACGCCGGUGGAUGCACUUGCCGAGAAUGACGUCCAAUGAAUGUUUCAUGUGUUCAGAUAAGGAGUCUUUGGCUGUGGGAACUGAGCUUCUUGUAUUUGGUAAGGAGGUGACUUCCCAUGUAAUCUUUAGGUAUAGUGUUUUGACAAACUCCUGGUCUUCUGGAAUGAGGAUGAAUGCCCCAAGAUGCUUGUUUGGGUCUGCUAGCCUCAAGGAGAUUGCAAUUUUGGCAGGUGGUUGUGACUCACUGGGAAGCAUACUUAGCUCCGCAGAGCUAUAUAAUUCCGAGACUCAGACUUGGGAGACACUCCCGAGAAUGAAUAAACCCCGGAAGAUGUGUUCUGGGGUUUUUAUGGAUGAAAAGUUUUAUGUUAUUGGUGGGAUUGGGGGUAGUGAUUCAAAGGUUCUUACAUGUGGGGAAGAAUAUGAUUUAAAGGCGAAAACAUGGACAGAAAUACCUAACAUGUCUCCCGGACGUACUGGUGCAGCGGGAGAGCCUGAUAUGCCUGCAACAGGUGAGGCACCACCUCUGGUUGCAGUGGUAAAUAAUGAAUUGUAUGCGGCUGACUAUGCUGACAUGGAGGUGAGGAAAUAUGACAAAGAGAGAAGAUUGUGGCUGACAGUAGGGAGAUUGCCUGAGCGGGCAGUCUCAAUGAAUGGUUGGGGUCUUGCAUUCAGGGCUUGUGGAGACCGGCUUAUAGUUAUUGGCGGGCCUAGGGCUCUAGGUGAAGGUUUCAUCGAGAUCAAUGCAUGGGUUCCCAGUGAAGGUCCUCCACAGUGGAACUUACUUGCACGAAAGCAAUCGGGUAACUUUGUCUAUAAUUGUGCUGUGAUGGGAUGCUGA